CACGCCCCCAACAGGAAGUGACGACAGUAGCCACGAGCGUGACGAACGGCUGGUUCGAAAAUACAACAAGGAAGUGAAGGUUUAUUGUGGAGGAAAAUUACCCCCGGAUCGAACAGCUCUCCUCGGCGGGGGUCGCGUCGCUCGGCUGCAGGGUGUCGGGGGGCUGAAGUCACCGUGGACUUGCCCGAGAGCCCGUCUCGGAUCGUCUGGAGGGAUUCUGCUCGGAGCCAGCUAGCUAGCUAGCGAUGAACACGGACGUGGAAUUUCACAUCAGGCAGAAUUAUCCAUGGAACAAGCUCCCAGCUAACGUCAAGCAGAGUUUGGGGAACUCUCAGCGUGAAUAUGAGAAGCAUGUGCUCCUCUACAGCAUCCGCAACCAGCUGCGGUUCCGCAAUAACUUAGUGCGACACGUGAGGAAGGAUGAGCGCAAGUAUUACGAGGAGCUCCUGAAAUACAGCCGCGACCACCUGAUGCUGUACCCCUACCACCUGUCUGACAUCAUGGUCAAAGGGCUGCGAGUCACUCCCUUCUCGUAUUACAUAGGAAUCAUGGAGGAUAUUAUGAACAGUGAGAAGAGUUACGACUCCUUGCCCAACUUCACUGCUGCUGACUGUCUGAGGCUGCUGGGCAUCGGGAGGAACCAGUACAUCGACCUGAUGAACCAGUGCCGGUCCUCCAAAAAAUUCUUCCGCAGGAAAUCGGCGCGCGACUUGCUCCCGGCCAAACCGGUGGAGAUCUCCGUGGAGCCCUGGUGGGUGGCACAGACGGGAUACAUCACUGAGGAUGACAUCAGGAUCUGCUCCCCCGCGGAGAAGAAAUCCAUUGAUAAGAUGAUCGAUUCUGGUCCUCAGCUGGCGGGCUCAAUGGAGUAUAAUGUGGUCUUAAGUUUGUACAAUCGGGGCUUCAUCUACCUGGAUGUUCCCAUAUCGGAUGACAGCUGCAUCUCGGUGCCUCCGCUGGAAGGCUUUGUCAUGAACCGAGUCCAGGGCGACUACUUCGAAACGCUUCUCUACAAAAUCUUUGUGUCCAUUGACGAGCAGACGAACGUAGCAGAGCUGGCCAACGUGUUGGAGAUCGACCUGGACUUAGUGAAGAACGCCGUCUCCAUGUACUGUCGCCUCGGCUUCGCCGUGAAGAAAGGCCAGGUGUUCGGCUCGGAGCAGCUCCACCCCACCUGGAAGAACGCCCCCUCCGUCAACAGACUCAAGAGCACCAUGGAUCCCCAGAAGAUGCUGCUGUCGUGGGAGCAGGGCAGUCCUGUGAUGGAGGGAGGCUCCUCGGCCACAGACACCGACACCACCAGCCUCGAGGACCAGGCCGACACAGCCAGCGUGAGCAGCCUCAGCAUCCCGGCCGCUCCCACCAAGAGGAUCGCCUUCCUGUUCGACUCCACGCUCACGGCCUUCCUCAUGAUGGGAAACCUGUCUCCGAAUCUGAAGAGUCACGCCGUCACCAUGUUCGAGGUGGGAAAGCUGUCCGACGAGACCCUCGACAGCUUCCUGGCCGAGCUGGAGAAGGUGGAGAGCACGGCGGAGGGCGAAGCCCAACGCUACUUCGACCACGCUCUGACCCUGAAGAACACCAUCCUCUUCCUGCGCUACAACAAAGAACUCACUCAGGACCAGGGACCAGAUAUCCCAAAUAUAGGUUUCCCUCUGGACAUGCUGCGCUGCGAGAGCCUGCUGGGUCUGGACCAGGCCACCUGCAGCCGCGUCCUCAACAAGAACUACAAGCUGCUGGUGUCGAUGGCGCCGCUCAGCAACGAGAUCCGACCCAUCAGCAGCUGCACGCCUCAGCACAUUGGCCCGGCCAUCCCCGAGGUGAGCUCCAUCUGGUUCAAGCUCUACCUGUACCACGUGACCGGCCAGGGCCCGCCGUCCCUGCUGCUCUCCAAGGGCUCCAGGCUCCGCAAGCUGCCCGACAUCUUCCAGGUUUACGACAGGUUGCUGAUCACUUCCUGGGGUCACGACCCCGGAGUCGUACCGACGUCCAACGUGCUGACGAUGCUGAACGACGCCCUCACACACUCUGCGGUUCUCAUCCAGGGUCAUGGCAUGCACGGUCACGGAGAAACGGUUCACAUCCCAUUUCCUUUUGAUGAGGAGGACCUGAAGGGAGAGUUCUCCUACUCCAACAUGUGUGUGCACAAGUCGCUGCAGAAGCUGAAGGAGCAGGUGGAUCUGGAGCACCAGUGUGGCUACAUCACCAUGCUCAACUCCAACAACCGGCACCGCCGCCGGGCCAGCGACAGCACCGAGUGCAGAGGAGACACUCAUCUGGGCGGCGGCCUGGACACCAACGGCAGCACCGAGUCCUUCGAGCUCGUGACCGAGGAGAACAACGGCGACGGCAAAGGGAAAACAGACACCCUGUCCUGUGAAGACGAGUGGGUCCCUCUGGAGCUGUGCUUCGGCAUGCCCCUCUUCAGCUCCGAGCUCAACCGCAAAGUGUGUCGAAAGAUCGCUUCGCAUAAACUUUGCAGCACCGAGAGCCUUCAAGAGCUGCUUCACUCAAGCAGGAAGCUUUCGCUCAAGGUGCUGAGCUUCGUUCAGUCAUUCCAGGACGGCACGCAGCCCUCCGACCCGGACAGCGGCGUGUCGAACCCUCUCAGCCAGCCGCCGGCGGAGUCCGGCGUCCCUCUGCCCGCCCUCAACCUCCUCUUCAAGGACGGACAGCUGAGAGAGUGGAGCGGGCGGGCCCCUCCCCCUCUGGACAUCUCGGCCCUGCAGAAGGACCAGCCCACAUAGAGCCGCCGCCGCCGCGCUCACUCACCAAACGACAGGAACAGGGCCGCCCUCGCUCGCGGCCUCGAGUCUCACUGAGGGAUUUUCUUAUUCGUGGUCCACUCGUGCAUCUUCAUAUCACACGGGAAAAAAAGCCCUCCAACGCACCCCCAUGUCCGCCAGCAUCCAGACGUGGAGAAUUAGCCUGGUCAGCACUUCAUCAUCUCUCUGCUCUGUGAGGAGUCGUCCUCGCCGUACCGACCGCCACCCCCCCCCCCCCCAUCUUUUUGGUGUUUCCCUCCCUUAAUCCCUCGUAUUUGUAGCAAGGCAGUGUUAUCUGUUGGAGUGGUGCUAUUAUCACAAUAUAUAACCGUGAUGCAGGUUAAACAGCGAACGACUGGAAACACGAGUGCUGUUUUCCACCUUUUACCCCCCCCCCCCCCCCCCUCUUAACAGUGGAUGUUUUUGUGAGAGCAGAGUGUAAAGUGGUUGAUAUUGUAUCGAUGUUCUAAAAACGCCGCGGCGUGGGACGGACGUCUUCAGGAAUCAUGCGACGAUAUGCACACUCUUAGGACCAAGUCUCCGGACCGGACCAGGCUGCCCGCCGCCUCCCCGUGUUUCCACAUGUUCGGUGAUCUCAUGCAUGAUACCGCGGCACAACUGGUACCAUUAAAAAAAAAAAAAAAAAAAAAGAAAGAAAGAAUUACUUUUUUUCCUCUUUACUUGUAAUCGACAUUUGGGGGCAUUUAUAAUUUGCACUGUGCAGGAUUUGUCCAGCCUGUGGAUGAAGUCGUGGUUUCUGAACGUCACAUCACUUGAUUUUUAGAGCAGAAGGAAGUUUCUCCUCAUGGAAACUCAGACAGGUUCAAACUUGGUGGAGUAUCUUUGAAACUGCUGGGUUAUUAUUUUUUUUCAUCUUUUGUUAUCAUUGUUUCUCAGUCGAGAACACCAAAGACUUUUUUUUUAUUUUUCUUAUUUUUUUUUUAUUGCUUUUCUUUUCUUUUUGCCUUAUUGUUUCCUCGCCAAUCAAAAAACAGCCAGGCCUGAGAUCAGAUCUGCUGAUCUGGUUAUUUGCUUUUGUUUCACUUUUGUUUGUUUGUUUUUUUGUUUUUUUUCUCCUUGCUUUAUGUGUGUUUGAGAGUAAGUGACGAACACGUUUCCCAACAAGCCUUCAAACGGUUCAGAUUGGGAACAGAGAGGACUACGUGUCGGCCCAGUGGCGGUUUCCUGCCAGUAUCUCUCUCUCUGGACCGGCGCCAGCGCGGUGCACUGUUGGCCUUCCCGGCACACUCUCCAUGGGAUCCUGCUUACACCAUGUUUUCGGGUGGGGGGGGGGUAAAAAAAAAGAGGGUUUGUAGUCUGGAGAAAAGGCGUCUACUGUUGUGGACCCGCGGGAUGGAAAUGCUAAUGUGUCGCCCGGCUUCUCAGAGACGCGCUGACCCAAAAAGAUGUCUGAAGCCUGUCGUGAAUUUUCAGUGUGGCUCUGAGAAUAAUUGCAUUUAAAACGGAAACCCGGUUGGUUGCGUUCAUUCUUUUUUUUUUCUUUUUUUUUUUAAAGGAACCUUCUGCAGUUUUUUGACCCACUUGUAGUUGUUGUUUCUUAUAAUGUGAUGCUGAAAUAGAUUAAAAAAAAAAAAAAGAGAUUAACAUAAGGUCCUGUUGAAGCAUGAUGACUGUGUAGAAACUUGUGUGUGUGUAUGUUAUGUAUGCGUGUGUAUUGUACACCACACUGGUGUGUUUUAAAUACAUGCCUACUUCCACAAUAACACCCCCCCCCCUCCCCCCCUCCCACCCUGCCUGUAACUCAGUCAUCCCAGAAUUCCCGCCCUGCCUUCCCCAGGUCCACCACAGUGUUUAAAUGCUAGUUUUAUAUGUCGGCCUAUAUUUUAGGAGAUCUUUGUUGUAGCUCGUUGAAUGGGACCGUGAAUAUCAUCGACCCAGUUCAUCAUGACCAUGCUCUUGUAAUUAAAUGGUU